AUGUCCACGUCUUCCUAUCUCAUAACUGGCGCCAGUCGUGGUCUUGGGUUCGAGUUCGUUCGGCAGCUUGCUCAGGACCCAAAGAAUACAGUCAUUGGCCUCGUUCGCAACAAGGCUGCAGCUGAGGCCAAGGCCAAGGAACAAGGGCUUCAUAAUGUUCACAUGGUUGAGGCUCAGUACACCGAUUUAGCAUCACUAAAAAAAGCUGCAGAAGUUGUCAAAGGUAUUACCAACGGAGGGUUAGAUUAUCUAGUGAAUAAUGCCGCUAUCGUCUCGCAUAUCAGCGAAUGGAAAACAUUGGGUGACUUUGACGACGAUUUCGAGACGAUGGAAAGAGACAUUCGGGAAUCGCUGGAAAUCAACCUGCUGGGAGCUAUAAAGAUAAUACAUGCUUUUCUUCCUUUAGUCCGCAAUGGCAGGGAGAAAAAGUUGAUUACCAUCUCCACCGGUAUGGCCGAUAUCGACCUGAUAAAUGCGACAGAAGUGGCCUUCGGUAGCCCUUACGCCAUCAGUAAGGGGGCUAUCAAUAUCGCCAUGGCCAAGUACAACGCUCUUUACAACAAGGAUGGUAUUUUGUUCCUCGCCGUUAGCCCCGGAUACGUGUCAACCGAGCGGAACAUAGCUGAGGCAGCUCCGGCAGAUGCUGACAAGGCCGCUGUCCUUGUGGGCAAAUUCGCCGAGUAUGCGCCGCACUUCCAGCGGCCCCUGACACCCCAGGAAUCCAUAAAAGCUGUCCUUGCAGUCAUGCAUAAAGCUUCGAUCGCGAAUGGAGAUGGCGGUGCGUUUAUCUCGCAUCUAGGAAACAAACAGUGGUUGUAA